GUUGCGCUCCUGCCCGAGGCAGCAGCUGCCACCUCCCGCACUCCGAGCCCAAGCUCUUCCGAGUGAGAGCGCGCCAAGUGGCCUCAGGAGCUCUCCUAGGACUUGCAGGUGUUCCCCGUCGUCUGCUAUAACGUGCGGCUUGAGAGUAUUGUAUCAGGAGGCUCCUCCGUUUGCUUUUAUUCUUUUUUUAUUCUUCCUGAUUUUUUGUGCGGUUUAAAUUCGGCAGCAACAUCGUUUUCCUUGCCUAGAGCGUUAGUCCCUGAGAUCGUUCACCCCGAAGACGACCCCGGUUGUGGUGUUUGCCGGAACGGAGUGUUGUGUUGCCGCGUGUAUGUAACGCGCUCCUGUUGCUUUGCCGCCUCGCGGUGCGACUUCGUGACGUGCGCCUCGACAAUUCCUUCGAUCUUUUCUUUUUCCUUUUUUGAAUUUUUUUUGUUCUCUCGAAACGCUUGCAGCGCGGAGAACGUUGCUGACGAUGAUACGAGCAGACUACUUCGUCGUCGGGUUUUGCCGACUGGCGGCAAAUGCUGCGCGCUCUACGUUAUAGAUGGAAUCUGGACGCGCCAUCGGGAAGAACUCUGCAAAGGUUGUCGUCGCCGAGUUCGCGUUUGUCGGACGCUGAGAUGUGCGAGACCUCCUUGUGCCAGUGAGCCGAAUUGUGUGUGUGUAUGUGCUGUGUGUGCGCGCGUGUGUUUUGUUGCUGUUUCCCACAAGGGCAUUCAAAGCCGGACGCAGUCGUGGCUUUAGUGGCUACCAGAAUGCCUCCAGCCUCCCGUGGCAUCUGCCGGCGCCUUCCCUGGAAAUAUCCGAUGACAGCGACCCUCCUUUUGCAUCUCACUGCAAUGAUCUCAUCAGCCGCUGCUACGACCGGAGCGCCCGCCAAGAACUCCUGUCCCGAGGGCCACUUCCCUUGCAGUGGAGACGGAAGGCACUGCGUGCGCCGCCAGUUCAUAUGCGAUGGACGGCGGGAUUGCCCGCAGGGCUCUGACGAAAAGGGAUGCGGGGACGAGAACCUGAAGAAGUUCAUCGAGGACUACUUCCAGAAGCGGCCCGACGAGGAUCGCGAGAAGAAGUCUGGCAAAUGCGAUUGGGUCCACCCUGGCUGCCGCUGCUCCAAGGGGAACAGCUUCUUCUGUGAGAACACCGGACUGCGUUCACUACCAUCAACAAUUCCACACAAUGCCACGAACUUGGACCUCUCGGGAAACCUUUUCACAACUCUGCAGAAGAGCGACUUCCCGCUGAUGCCUCAACUCACAAUACUUGUCCUCUCCUCGUCCGAUGUGAGCACACUGGGUGAAGAUGUCUUUGGAAACCUUCCGAUGCUGAAAAAUGUGUACCUCCAAGGUAACAAGAUUCGUCGCAUCGCAGCGGACACCUUCGUGAGCAACAAGAACCUGCGACACCUGCACCUGUCACACAACCCAAUUGAAUCAAUCGCUGCGGAUGCGUUUCAUGGCCUAACAGCGCUGGAAACACUAGACCUGAGGAGCUGCUUGCUGACAGAGAUACGUGGAGACUUGCUCGUUCAUCCGAAGAACCUUACGCACCUGUGGCUGGACGGUAAUGACAUUGAAUUCCUUCAACCACAUGCAUUUGAGCCUCUAAAGCGCCUCCAGGUUCUGUCUCUAACAAGAAACAAGCUUGCGCGCCUGUCAGCGAAGGAUUUCACGGGCCUUGUUUCUCUGCGAACACUGAACCUGGCUUACAACAAGCUGACUGACCUGACUGGGGCUUUCACUGCCUUAGGAAGCCUUCGAACACUGGACCUGGAAGGCAACAAGAUCGACGUCAUGGCUGACGAUACGUUUUGGCCUCUCACCAGCAUCGAAUCACUGAACCUGAGAAACAACGUGUUCCGCACAUGCUCUCCAGCUCUGUUCGCUCCUCUUCGCAACAUCACUCACAUCUACUUCAGCGACUUCAGCCUUUGCUCUUCCGCGCUGCACGUUCGCGUUUGCGAACCACGCGGAGACGGCAUCAGCAGUCUGGCACACCUUUUGGACAGUGUGGUUCUCCGCGUGGCCGUGUGGGUGGUGGCGCUGGUUGCCUGCCUCGGGAACCUUCUUGUGCUCGUCGGGAGGUUAGUGCUGCGUGAGCCCAACGCGGUCCACUCAUUUUACAUCAAGAACCUGGCGCUGGCCGACCUCAUCAUGGGCGUCUACCUGUUCGUCAUCGCCUCACACGACGUGGCAUUCCGAGGGGAGUACAUUCGCCACGACCUCCGUUGGCGACGCUCCGUAGGUUGCAGCAUCUCGGGUUUCCUGUCAACGGUCAGCAGCGAGGCGUCGGUGUUCACGCUGACGGUGAUCACGGUCGACCGGUUCGCGUCCAUCAUGUACCCUCUGUCACUGAAACGGCGCACCUUCCGCUUCGCGUGGCUCUGCAUGCUCGGCGUAUGGCUCUUGACCCUGCUGCUCGCCGCCGUGCCAAUGAUGCGACCUGACUACUACGGCGAGGAGUUCUACGGAAGCAACGGCGUCUGCCUGCCUCUGCACAUCCACGACCCGGACUCCAAGGGCUGGGAGUACUCGGCGUUCGUGUUCUGUAUCGUGAACAGCGUGGCGUUCGCAUUCAUCGCCUACGCCUACCUCACCAUGUUCGUCACCAUCAAGCAUUCCAAGGUGGGGCUGCGCUCCACGCAGCAGCUGCAGGACCGAGCCAUAGCCAAGCGAUUCGCCUUCAUCGUGGGCACCGACUUCCUCUGCUGGAUGCCAAUCGUCUUCAUUAAGGUCAUUGCCAUAGCCGGAACAAAGAUCGACGAGACGCUGUACGCAUGGGUCGCAGUGUUCCUCUUGCCGGUGAACUCGGCGCUGAACCCCGUCCUGUACACGCUCACCACACGGAUGUUCAAGCAGCAGCUCAACAGGUUCCUGGAGAACUUGCGCCAGUGCGAGCGCGUUCCUUCAUACCGGCAAUCCGGGCAGUCCGGCCAGUCGUGGUCGUCGCUGCCUACGAUGCGGGGCCAAAAGAAGACGCUCGUGACUUCGCUGUCAGACUGUACCUUUGGGAAGAAAAGAACGGCGAGCGUUGUGUGCUCUCCACUGCGAAAUGGUGCGCUAAUGCCGCUGCGUGGAAGCCAAUCGUGCGUUGAGAAGGUGUCUCAGCCCGUGCUGGAAGAGAUGAAGACGCUCUCCAUUCGCAACGGACGCGGAGGCAUCAAAGAUGUGCGCAGUUCCAACUCCAGCGGCAGGGCGCUACUAACAGUGACCCCAACAGCGACCAAGCCGAAGUGGAAACGGUCCCCGCGUACGCGAUUAAGAGCCGAAGAGCCCGUGUGACAACCGACGAGGGAGUGGAAACUGACGUAAUCGCAAGAACGUCGCCAGCUCCGGCAGUCAUCCACUGAAGCCAGCUGUGUCAGGUUGUGCACUUAGCUCAGAAAGCAACAGACGUGCAACGCUGACAACUUCCGCGACUGCGGUAAAAAAAGGAGGUUUUUUUUUUGUUAUUGUUCUGCUCAAUUUGAAAUGUGUUCCAACAACUGUGAUCACAAGGACAAGUGCGUGGUGCUCUGGCGCGCUCCGUGUUCAUGACGAAACGCAAUCUUGCGUAGAUGUACGAGUGAACGAUGGGUUGCUCCUAAGUGAAUCCGGCUUUUUCACUGCGUCCGCACCGUUCUCUGGGCAUGAGCUGACACCAUACGAACUUUAUACACGCGACAGUAGUAUCGCCCACAAAUAUUGUGCCAUAUCAGUUUCUUUCGGCAAAGUCAGAAAAUCAUGCGACACACCGCGCAUAAGAAACUUAACGUCGUCAGGGUACAAAAUAUCAUCAUUCCCCACAUAGAGAUUAAACUUCGCCCGCACAACGGCAAUUUUAUGACAGGUUGAAUGGAGCUGUUGUGCCUCUUACCUUCUUAUGAAAUUUACAAUUCAUGGAGACGUGCAGCACUUCACCGAAAACAUAGCUAUUACAGGUGGCACGACAGCUAUACACUGUAAAUACAAAUUGCACUUCCGUGUACUCUAUUCUGUACAUACUGUACAUAUAUACGUGUUAUUCGUGCCCCAUGUUAUGCGCGUUUCAGUUUUAGUCGUUGUUUUGUGUCGUUCCAUACGGAUGUCGAUUUAAAAAAAUGUCUCAGAAUAACGUUUCAUUCGCUUUGUCAAUGUUGUUUUAUUCAUAGGCUGUACGGGUCACGUCAGCCUUAAAACAAAGAGCCCGGUGCUUACGCUCACUUCGUCUGUGUCACAGUGUAGUGCUAAAGUGACUGCUCAUGGCUUGCGGCCUUUCUCUGUGGAUGAUUUGUGUUGUGGACUGCGUAACCAUUGAGCGAAUAUGAAACGCAACACUUAACUUGGGUCGACAAUAUGUCAAUCAGUGCCUCACUCCGUGCUAUUUGAAUUAUGGUUCUCACGUUGAGAAAAUACCCGUCCCCAUUCUAUUUCAUCGCAGGAAAAAUAGAAAAAAAAAAUGACCGAUGUUGAACGGAUAUCUGGUGUUGCUUUUCAUAUAAGCGCAUCUUGUACAAAUAAAUUUGUGGGCCAAAGUGUUGAUCACUUUAUUUUUCUGAGCUCAGCAAGUGUAUAGCAGUGUCUUUAUGGAUUUAAAGUAAAUACCUGGAGAGAUUGUUUGAAUGCAUAUUCUGUAGUUGAUAUGAGAUGGCGAUUCGCUCAUGAUUGUACGCUGUGGCAUUGUGCAUCGCAAUUGAUAUCCGCCAUGUCUGUUGUCUUUCAACUCGAGCGAUUCAAGUUUUCAUAGCACGCUCGGAAUCUGAAAUUGUACCCGAGGUUCAUUUUUUGACAUGAACAAGAAUACCUGUAUAUUAGUACCUGACGGAGGAUUCAAACGAGUAGAGUCAAAGUGGCCUUCGUCAUCGGCAGCUACAAGUGUCAGUGCUCUUAAUUAUUACUAGUGUACCCUACUUUAAACGCGUUGAUUUCGGUUUGAAAGCUCCAGACAAGGAGAUAUAUUAGUUUUCACUUCGUGCAAAUUCGUAUUGCUUUAUGAAAGCCUAGCCUUUGAUCCUAGUUUGUCAUGACAUAGGACAGCAAGAAUAAUACAUAAGCAGGCAAUUAUUCUUGUUGGCGAAAAAAAAGAAAAUUUUAAAAAUAUAUAUUUAUAUAUAUACCACAACAAUAACUGGAAAGAAAUGGUGCCAAUGUUGCUAUCAUUCACUUCAUCUAAUAACGACGAGAACUGCCUACCCGCACAUAUCCAACCUGCCUAGGUAAACCCAAUAAAGUUGUCAGUUGUCAGGGCAACAUUUCGGAAGCAUUUGUAAUUACCAAGCUAAUUCUCACAUUUUUUAAGUGGUUCAGUUUUUUCAUGCAUAGUGUGCUUCAAACGAUCUCUAUACCACCGAGGUGCACAAAUUAGACGAUAUCGUUGAGGAUGGGAGAAUGUAACCUAUCUAAAUCUGAUAUUUUAGGAUCUGAUCUGAAGAAUUUUUCUUUCUUCCCAAUUAUCUUUAUUAGUCUACGGCAAUAGGAAUUAGACGCGUUGGGAUUAUUUGACAAUGGCAGAGUAUGCCUGAUCCAACAAACCUAAUUUCAAGAAAGAACAUUAACGCACACGAUACGUUUUUAGGCAGAAAGUGUUAUUUCUAAAUUUGGCCGCAUGUUAGAAACAGGCGCCAGCGCAUUGGGACGCGACCGCCGCUGAGGUAGCAGCGACGUAGUGCUCACAUCACGGCUGAGGGGAUCGCCCACUUCGUGCCAAUGGUGAUCGAACUAAUGCGAGUGCGGAAAAAUAAACUAAAAUCUUUUAUUUUUGCAUGAUCUGGUAUAUAAGAAGUGAAAACUACCUGCCAACACAUUAUCCAUCGUGUUAUUUGAGCGUCUUUCUAUUUAUUAGAGUUAUGUAGCAUUCCUGACGCCGACCACCAGAGUGGUGUCGUGCGUCUGCACACAUAUUUCGGAAGCAAUAGUAGGCAAUAUACACGCUCACAGCUCGUGAAAUGUACGCAUUUACACAUCGUGAGUGACAGAUACGUGAUGCAGCAGAUGACGGAACAAGACGUUGUGAAUUGAUGGAAGAAACGCGUUGACAAUGAGCGUCAAAAUAGAAAGAGUUCGACUGAAUUAAAUGUUACCAUUCAAAUGCUUCGAUGAGUUAGAGCCCCACAAGGUCUCCAACAAUAAAUCAGCAGUAAUCAGCGUGCCAAGUGGGCUCUUCGGCAUUGCAAGUGGCAGCCGUCGUGAGUUCAGACAAUGAAUUCUCGAAAUUAUUGUGCAGAAAAAAAUUUUGGAGUGCAUGCAAAUUUGUUUGCUAAAAUUUCGCCUUUCUAGCGAAUCUCUGUUCUCAGUAGGCUGGCGGAAUUUAUGUUUUGGUUUAUUGGAUGAAGAAAAUGUUCUGAAUGAUCCAUAAGACUGAAUAAACGUUUCAGGAACUCCAACCAUA